CUCGAUCACGAAGAUGCCGAGCGUGCCGGUGGCGGUCAACAGCGUACCGCCGGAAAUGGAAAUGGCGCGUCCCAGAACGGGGACGUAGAACGACGGUCAGCCUCAGUCCCUGCAGUGGUCGCUGCCCUCCCGCCAUGGUCAGCCGCCAGGAGAGCGUUAUAAGAUGCGGGCAGGGACAGUAUCGCCUCCUUGUCUCUCACGUUCUACAGCUCCUCUCCCCGACGUUCACUUCAAGACAACACUUCGACUACCAUCGUCUUCAAGAUGCGUACUCCGACACUCGCCUUCGCCGUCCUCACGAUCCUCAGCCCUCUCGCAAUGUCGGCUCCUCUGACAGCGCGAGGGCCCACCAAGGCAGAGAUUGCUCAGCCCGUUCACCACAUCGCGCGAGGUGUACCGAGUGUCGCGAAGGACGUUAUGCUCAACAAGGGCCAGCCCAUCGUUUCGGGCGGCACACUGCACUCCCGUGACGUUGUGCGACGACCCGUCGUCGGGACUGUAGUCUCAGGGUGGCCCAAGGUUUCUUCUCCCCAGCAGCUAUCGAAGAAGGCCUUGGACAAGGACACCGCUGGUGGCAAUGCAUACUCGGGCUCCGCAGGUGAUGUGUCCGGUGGCGGCGCAGGGGGCAUUCGACACGGUGGCCUCAGCGCGUUCGAUCGCCGCACCAAUGAUGACGACACCAUGGGCGGAAAUGCGUACACCGGAAACAGUGGUGACGUGAGCGGUGGCUCUAUCGAGAACAUCGCCAACAACGACGGGAUGCCCACGCUCAUGAACAUCGGCUCGAACAACGCAGGCCUCGGCGGCACCUCCACAUCAGGAUGCGCCACCGGUGGUUACACCGACCAGAACGGCGCGGGAGGAAACGCAUACUCCGGGAGCGCAGGCAACGCAGAGGGAGGCAGUGUCAAUAACGUUGGCGGCAUGGUCAACAUGAAUUCGAACAAUGCCGGAGCGGCGGGUACUUCGACCACCGGAUGCGCGACAGGCGGCAAUGUUGACGAAGCGCCGGAGAACGAGGAUUUCAUUCUCUAGGACAAAAUGAGCUGGGCUACUGUGUCCUUGUUGCGCCUGAGGCCUAGUACCGAAAGCAGUAACCUAUGUGUCGGCUAUUUACCUCUGUACACUUUCAACUCGAGGCAUCC